GAUAAUUUUCCCCCAUUUGCCCAAGUCGUCUUUUCUGCAUUACGCAUACCCUCAACGCCACUGCGCUUCGACGGCACUCUACUCGCGGCAGGCAACUCGUUGUCAAGCUCGUCCUCGUCGUCGUACUCGCUUUCGUUCGCUUAGGUGUCUCGUCGUCCUUUGCUCUCCGGCGUCUCGACUGCCCACCCUCCUCCUCCUCCUUCGACAUCCCGGUUCCCCGGCGCUCUUUCUCCGUUCCUAUCUGUCAACAAUGGCGCUUACAUCCCGCAUCUCCCUGACCGGCCCGCCCGCCGAGUCCCCCGAAGACUACCUCAUGUCCUCCCUCGGCGUAAUCUUCCCCGACGACGUCACAAACCAGCACGGCGACGCCGUAAACGGCAUCGAGUACACAUCCCCGCACCUCCGCCGUCCCCUGACCUUUGAACUCGCCGAGCCCGACGCCGCCGACGACCGCAAGCUCUUCAGCCACUACCUCUGGAACUCGAGCCUCCAGCUCGGCGAGUUCGUCGAGGCCGGCACCUUGGGUAUCGACACCGCCGUGCCCGUCCGCCUCGGCCCCCCCUUAUCGCACUUUGACGUCCGCGGCAUGUCCACCCUCGAGCUGGGCGCCGGCACCGCACUGCCGAGCAUCAUGUCCGCCCUCCUCGGCGCGGAACGCACAGUGCUGACGGACUACCCUGCCCCGGCCGUCAUGAAGUCCCUCCGCCUCAAUGCCACGCGAAACAUCGUCCCCGCCGUCUCCCCUACCGGCGCCCUCACGGCCCGCGAGGUCCUGGUCGAGGGACACUCGUGGGGCGAGCUCGACGACGCCUUCUCCCUGGCAAACAAGCACGCCUUUGACCGGCUCUUCGUCGCAGACUGCCUCUGGAUGCCCUGGCAGCACGCCAAUCUGCAAAAGUCCAUUGCCUGGUUCAUGCGAGAAGGCUCCGAGGCCCGGUGCUGGGUCGUGGCCGGGUUUCACACGGGACGGCCCAAGAUGCGCGGCUUCUUCGAGGAGGCCGCGCUGGCGGACGCCGGGCUCGAAGUCGAAUCCAUUUGGGAGCGAGACUGCGACGGCGAGGAGCGGGAAUGGGCUUGGGACCGCGGUAUUGAGGACGUGACGAUUCGGAAGAGGUGGUUGACUAUUGCCGUGCUUAGACGCAAGGCUGCCGCGUGAGAGAAAGAAGAACAAGAAGAAUAAAAUAUAUAUAAUAUGGUGGCCACACACAAGUGGUCACGGCCAGCGGACAACAAGAACCAGGGCAUGGGGGUGGGCUUUUGGGCAUGGGGGUUUUGACUUAUAAGGACUAUUGGUGCGGACCUCGACGCUCCGCUCUUUCUCUCGAUGCUGAGACAUUCAACGACAUCAUUUCUCGAUUCAGCUCUAGGCCCUUGGGCUCUAGGCUCUAGGCCCCAUCCGAGGUCCCGCUCCAUUCUCCGGG